AAUUAUUCUCCCCCCAUGUCCAGCCAUGAGGCCAUGACUGACCUGAUAGGUCUGAUGUCCAGUCUGGUGGACACAAAGGGAAACAUCAAGGUGCCAGGUAUCAACGAGAUGGUCGCCCCGGUAACAGAUGAGGAGUUGGCAUCAUACGACCCCAUCGAUUUUGACUUGGAGACGUACAGGGCAGACCUUGGACACAAACGUCUCCUGCACGACACCAAGGCAAAGAUCCUCAUGCACCGCUGGAGGUUCCCCACCCUCUCCCUGCAUGGUAUUGAGGGUUCGUUUGACGGUGCUGGUGCCAAGACUGUGAUCCCACGGAAGGUGAUUGGGAAGUUCUCCCUGCGCCUGGUGCCAGACAUGCUGCCUGACCAGGUGGAGAAGUGUGUAGUGGACUACAUCAACAAGCUGCACAAGGACAGCGGCAGCCCUAACCAGAUCAGUGUCACCAUGGGGCAUGGGGGUAAGCCGUGGGUGAGUGACUUCAACCAUCCUCACUACAUCGCUGGGCGCAAGGCAACCAAGACUGUUUGGAACUGUGAGCCUGACUUGACUCGCGAGGGUGGGAGUAUCCCUGUGACCUUGACCUUCCAAGAGGUCACUGGCAAGAACGUUAUGCUUCUGCCCAUGGGUGCCUGUGACGACGGCGCACACUCCCAAAACGAGAAAUUUGAUCGGAAGAACUACAUCCAAGGGACCAAACUGCUGGCUGCCUACCUCCACGAGGUGGCCCAGCUGGAGUGAGGACCAAAGACUGUCCAGGCCACAAAACAACAUUUCCACUACAACAGUCAAACACAACUGGGUGAACUACAACAGAAACAUGACCAAGCAGCUCUGCUUUC